GCGCAAAACAUCCUUGCACCUGUCCUGGGGCUAAGAGCUGUCUCCCAGGGCGAGGGCUCCCCAGGCCGGGAGGGGGUGACUGUGCCAGGCCAGCCCCAUUCAUUGCUGUGCUCCGUGCCAGAGAGAGGGCGUCCCAGAUCUCUGCCCUGGCAUGGGACGGGCUCCCACCAGGGGAACCCCCCAGUGGGCUGUAAUGAAGGGACCCUCCCCCCCAUGGCCAUUACUCAUCCUCUGGCCUCCCGUCUUCCAGGGCAAGGAGGAGUUUGAGAAAACCCAGAAGGAGCUGCUGGAAAAAGGCAACAUCAUGCGGCAGGGCAAGGGGCAGCUGGAGCAGCAGCAGCUGAAGCAGUUUGAGCGGCUGGAGCAGGAGGUCACGCGCCCCAUCGACAACGACCUCUCCAGCUGGACGCCGCCGCAGCACUACGCCCAGGUGCGGGGCAGCAGCACCCUGUGCCCCUCCGACCACCAGCUGCUGCUCUUCUACCUGGAGCAGUGCGAGGCCAACCUCACCACGCUCACCAACGCCGUGGACGCCUUCUUUACCGCCGUGGGCACCAACCAGCCACCCAAGAUCUUCGUGGCCCACAGCAAGUUCGUCAUCCUCAGUGCCCACAAGCUGGUGUUCAUCGGCGACACCCUGUCACGCCAAGCCCGUGCGCAGGACGUGCGCCACAAGGUCACCCACUACAGCAACCUGCUGUGUGACAUGCUCAAGGAGAUCGUGGUGACCACCAAGGCCGCCGCCCUCCACUACCCGUCCCCCUCCGCUGCCAAGGACAUGGUGGAGCGGGUCAAAGACCUGGCCAGCAGCACACAGCAGUUCAGGAUGGUGCUGGGGCAGCUGGCGGCCAUGUGACGGCCUCACCAGUACACACCACGCUGGGAACUACUCAGAGAGAUCAGUCUGCUAUUAACGACUGCCUCUGCACAGCAGAGCAUGAGACGAGUGUAAACGGGCUUGUAAAUAUUUAAAGACUCCCAUUGGGCGCAGGGGGCAGAGGCGGGGCACAAGUGACAAUGCUGGGCUCCUGUUCGCUCUUCCCCCUUUGCCCCGAAGAGCGAGGUAGUUUUUAGGCCGCGCUGGCAAUUUGUUAAGGACGCUUUGAGGUGAAAGGCUGGAGAGCCAGGAGAGAGGUUGUGGCCUCGGAAAGAAGAGGGGGCCCUGGGCUUCCCGUAACGAAGCCAUAGAGGCAAAUUAUUGUUCGUGAUGGAUUCAGAGCGCCUUAGGCCAGUGGGCGAUAUUUAAAAAAAGAACUCGAAUUUGAAUCGGAGCAAUGCAAUUAGAGCGGGCGCGAGCAAUCAAAGGGAAGUCCAGUAGUGUCAGCUGACAGUUAGGGGCAAGUGUGAUUUCCAUUGACUUUGGGGCCUGAUCUAAUUAAUGAGCUCUCUCUGCUAAUUGACAGCCGUUUAAUUGUGCAGAACGAAUCAAUCCAAUGGUAUCUGGGUGGAGAUGAAAAGGAAACUGACAGAGUCCAAUGGGGGAAAGAUUUAUAUAAGUACAGUUAAACUGUAAGCUGGAGGAGUGUCUGUGUGUCCAUUGCCUGGCCUAACAGACAGCCCCUGGGGCCGGCAGGAUGGACGCAGGGAGGUGUGCCUCACCGUGGCAUGUCAUGGUUGGGUUUUGCUAAGAUCGGCUGUAGCAGUAAUGCGAAUCGAAAUUGGUGCCUUGAAAUGUGGGGGUUCCCGGAUCUCUGGAGUACCUCACGGCCUGUAUGGAUACUCAUUGCUAUGGAGCCUGCUGGCAUGGCAGCAUAAAGGUUUGCCUAGAA